AUGCUACCGAACGACCUAGGCACUCAAACUACUUUCGACGAUACAAACGAAGAUACGUCGGACCUCGGUUUUGACUUCGAUUUACUACCGUAUCUAAGGCUAGAGAAUCAUACAAGAGCAAGGUUAAUUAUCGAGGACUUCCUGGAUAUAAAGAGAUACGAGCAGAAAAGAGAGCAAGCUUUUGCUAGCGACCUUAGCGAUCCAGAUAGCUCGGACGGUGAUCUAGAAGGAGGGAAUAAAAGGGGAAACGAAUGGAAUGGGCACGGAAGAAGAGGAAGAGGACACGGUGGCCCGACAAGGGGACAAGGAAAUGAGACGCCAAGGGACCUUGGACGAGGAUACGAGCCUCUCGGCGGACCCGGGCUAAACCGACCUUUUAUCAACACUCUUUUUUCGACCCGAGUAAUAGCCAGGCACACUUACGGCACUCCGAGAGCCCUUGACGACGACGACGAUUUUCUUGAGCUCGGAACGACGGACCCUCACCUAAGAGCAAAAGAAUUGGCUUUGAUUUUUGCUGAUCAAGCAAGUCGAUACGGUUUGACCUCCGACGACUAUUUAGCGGCGUUCUCGAUUAUGCUUAUAAAGGAAGCUAUAACCUUUUAUUAUAAUUACGUUAUCAAGGCUAGACUUCCGACUUUCAAAGCAAACGCUAUUGCGGUAAAGGACCACUUCGAGACUGACUACCGGCGCUCGCUACGACCAGGUCUGAAGGACGAUAAAAGUCUCGCUGACAAGCUGUAUUCAGCUUGUAAAAACGUGCUAAAGACGACUAUUGCGCGAAUGAACCUUGCUUCUACCUUUACCGCCGCAGUUGCUGACAUUCGCCGAGCAAUUGGUUUUGCAACUGAGAUCAUUCAACCUCUUAAGAGUGAGAGCUAUCGACCCGCUAAAGCAAGCAGAGCUUACGCGAGCUCUAGCGAGCCAUUUGCUCAGCAUUCCUCUCAGCACUCCUUUCAGCACUCUUCUUAG